AUGGUAAUUGGCAUACUGGAGGAUGAAACGCCGAAAAAGCAGUCUGCAGUAACUUCUUUCUUCACUGAGCCACUCAAGAGCGAGAGAAUCACCCAGGCAAUAGCCAACAUGAUCGUCUCUGAUUAUGUUCCUCUUAGUAUAGUGGAGGGCGAAGGAUUCAAAAACUUAAUGAGCAUCGUAGCCCCCGACUACACAGUGCCCUGUAGGAAAACAAUACCUGGACCUCCAACUCUACCUAGAGUUUCAUCACCGUCACUGAACACCGACGCAUGGGACCUCAAGUCAAACGUCCUCAUCACGCGUGCCAUGUCUGAACGUCACACUGGGGAGAACCUUGCUCAUCGCCUUAAGGACUGCGUGACCGAAUUUAGUUUGGACAGUAAAGUGGACACGUGUAUGCAUGACAAUGCGAGAAACAACGAGUGUGCUGCAAGUUUGUGUGAGGAUUGGGGUGAUCUGGGUUGUUUCGCCCACUCUCUACAACUGACAUUGAAGCCUGCGAUGGAAUUGCCUUCAGUGUCUACAGUUGUCAGUGGGUGCAGAAAACUCGUCGGCCACUUCAAGCAUUCCACAACGCUGACGUUGGAACUGGGUGUUAGACAGAAGACGAUGAACGUCCCUCAACACACUCUUACCCAGGAUGUCCCUACACGGUGGAACUCCACCUAUCUGAUGAUGGAACACCUGGUAGAGCAGCAGCGCGUUCUUACUGACAUCAUGCUGGAUCCAAAGUUAACAAAGAAGCAAGACGCCACACUCAACUUGAGGGAGUCGGAUUGGGCCAUUAUUAAAGAGUUGUGUGUUAUUCUAAAGCCGUUAGCGGAUACGACAGCAUACAUGAGUACAGAGAGUCACGUGUCUGUGUCGGAAAUAUAUCCGAUCGUUUGUGGAUUGGUCACCAAGAGCCUUGAAUCUUGCUCAACGGACAGUUCCAUCGCUCAGUUAGUGAAAAAGGCGAUUCGUGAUGAUUUGGUCCAUCGCUUCCAGCCAGAAUCGUAA